CCCUCAAGUAAGCCGUGUAAUGGACAGAUUCUGGAAGUUCGAGCUUCCUGUUUAUCUGUUCCCAAAUUAGCCUGUCGUUUUCGUCCUGUAGACUGAUAGAAAGGUCAUAGCUGUGUUUGAAGUUCAUGAUAACUGAAGAAUCGUCACGAACGGUGAUCGCAUUCACACGUUUUCAGACAAAUUGAAACAAAUGUGCUUUUUGUUUAAUAUUUGAAUAGCAGUACUGAUUCCUAUGUUCUUGUUAAUUGAUUGGACAACAUAAGGGGUGGAUUGAACAGCCGAUUCAUUUACGGAUUUUUUUUAUAAAACCUAGGCAGAUUAGCACUAUUGACACUGACCCUGACGUUUGCAAAGCGCGCUCUGACUUAUGUCAAGCUAGCAGAUCUCGUGGCAGUCUAAAAAUCCGAAAUCAAUUACACGGCUAAUCUUCUUGGUACCACUAUAUAUCUACUCGGAAAUAUUAAGAAGCCGGAAUAUUAUUUGUUGGGGAAAGCUGUAUUGUUGAUAACUAAUUACAUCCACAAUAAUAGAUAAAGAUUGGGAUGCAGGUAUGGGUUGAGUCAAACUGACACGUAUCUAUAGUGGAUCAGAUGUCCAAAUUACAGUGGCAAAAUGCCUAAAAAGAAGACUGGACAAAGGAAGAAAGCUGAAAAAGCUAAGAUAAGACAAAAAUUACUCCGGAAAAAAGGACUAGAAAUAGAUCUUAUCAACCAUCCUUCGAACAUAUUGAUGGAGUGUGGCCAGUGUGGGAAGCAUCAGAAAAACCGAGCAUUUUGUUAUUUUUGCCAGUCUAUCCAAAGACUCCCAGUGUGUUGUCAUUGUGGUAAACAAAAGUGUUCUGCACGUUCUGGCGAUUGUCUAGUUAAACAUGGUUCUACACAUGUUACUGGACUCAGUAUGGUGGGAGCGGUUUGCGACUUUUGUGAAGCUUGGAUAUGUCAUGGGGAGAAGUGUUUAUCUGUACAUGCAUGUGAAUGUCCACUGAGAGACGCUGUUUGUGUUGAAUGUGAGCGCGGGUUAUACAGUUUUGGUGGUCGGGUGUUUUCUUGCGCCUAUUGUGACCACAAGCUUUGUGAGGAUGACCAGUUUGAGCACCAGGCAAGCUGUCAACGUUUAGAAAGUGAGAACUUUAAAUGUGCUUCAUGUAACAAAAUGGGAACACAAAUGUGUCUCCGUUGUAAAGUUACAUAUUGUGACGAUCACUGCAAGAGAAAAGGUGUGAAGUAUGAACGUGGAAGGCCUAUUCCUUGUCCGAAAUGCGGACAUGAUUUAACUGAUAGUUAUAAUUUGAGCGUAUCAGUUCGCAGCUACGAGUAUGGUCGCCAGAUAUGUGUAGAAAACUACUCUGAUGAAGACACUGAGAGCGAGAACGAAGAGGAACAGUGUUCUGGAAAAUCAGAAGAUGAACAUGAUGACGAUGAUUAUAAUUUGUUAGAUAAAUUAACCAUUAAAAAUUAAAAAGUAUUUGUAUUAAAUU